AUUGGGGGGGUGCUGGGCAUGUUACUCUCCCCCCUUACUCUUUCUGGAGUAUAUAUACGGUACUUUACGGCUAAGGGCUUAAAGUACUUCACGUACAUGAUUUCAGCCAUCCUUACGACAACCCUGCAAGAAGGGGAACUGAGCAACCAGUGAAAGAUGCCAAAUAAGCAAAGACCACCCAGUGAGUUCAUAACAAAGAAUUAAGAAUCAGCUGCAUCAAAGCUUAGCUCAUCACUGCCAUAGCGAAGUGUGCUAAAAGAGGAGGGGGGGUGAUUGGCUUUUGAGGAGCACCCUGCCAUCCUUUUCCUGGCCAGCUGCUGAGCUGAAAAUGGACUGAAUUCUGAAGAGAGGGGCUGGCAGUGGGACUUGGUUCUGCAGCAAUGGAUGAGCAGAGCUUGGAAGAAGCCAUUCAGUCCUACACUGCGCAGCUGCAGCAAGUGGAACUGGCUUUGGGUGCUGGGCUGGACCCUUCACAACAGACUGACCUGACCCAGCUGCGGGCAGACCUGCAGCAGCUGAUCGAGCUGACCGAGUCCAGCCUUGCGUCAGUGAAAAAGAGCAGACUCUGUUCAACGCUGGGCCCCGAGACACUCUCCACGUCUCCAUCCUCUGCUCUGCAGCAAGAUGGUCCCCAGUCUGGCAAACUGAGCAUCGAGGAUGAGUAUGCAGCUUUUAAGGAAGCCGUUGCUGAAACAGGGGAUUCAGAGGCGCCCUCGAGCACUGGCGGCGCGGAGGGAGGCGGAGCGGAAGAACUUGAGGAAGAGGAAGCCAGUGGGAUGAAAGUGAAGGCCCCGUACUACAGUUCUUGGGGGACUCUUGAGUACCAUAAUGCCAUGGUGGUGGGGAGUGAGUGUUUGGAAGACGGAAGCCCAGGGGUUAGAGUGCUGUACCUCUACCCCACCCACAAGUCCUUGAAGCCGUGUCCCUUUUUCCUGGAUGACAAGUGUCGUUUUAAAGAAAAUUGCCGAUUUUCUCACGGGCAAGUAGUCUCUGUGGAGGAGCUGCGUCCCUUCGAAGAGCCGGACCUCGGCUGCCUGGCUGUGGGCUCGGCCUGCCUCGCAAGACACCAGGACGGGAUCUGGUAUGCUGCUAAGAUCACGGACAUUGACAGUGGUUACUACACGGUGAAAUUUGACUCGCUGCUCCUGAAGGAGGCGGUUGUGGAAGGAGAUGGCAUUAUGCCUCCCCUGCGUGGAGAGGAGAGCUCCUCCUCAGAGUCGGAAGACGGUAACGUGGAUGAUGAUGCAUAUGCUCAAGUCAUCGACUGGGGCACCCCGGAGAACGGGGAAGGGUCCUCUGCCUGCAGUUCCUCCUUCGGCAGCUGGGAGGUGCACACGCGUGGCAUCGGCUCCAAGCUCCUCGCUCGGAUGGGGUACGAGCUCGGGAAAGGCUUGGGAAAGAAUUCGGAGGGCCGGGUGGAGCCGGUGUUGGCCGUCGUGUUGCCGAAAGGGAAAUCCUUGGACCAGUGUGCGGAGACCCUCCGGAAAAAGAGGGAGGGGACGCUCGGCCCGACCAAGCCCCGGAAGCAGCGGGCCAAGGGGACCAGGGCCGCCCGGCUCUCCCAGCAGGGCCCCAAGUCCCGGAAUGUCUUCGACUUCCUGAACGAGAAGCUUCAGGGCAAGAGGCCCAGCGAGGCGGACGGAGGGCAGGCGCCCUUGGAGAGGAGCGGCAAGGAGAUCUACCACGCCAGCAAGAGCACCAAGAAGGCCCUGAGCGUGCGCCUCUUCCAGACGAUGGAGGGGAUCGAGCGCGCCCAGAAGGACAUCCGGGGCAUCCAGGAGGCCCUGGCCCGCAACGCCGGGCGGCACACCAUCGCCACAGCCCAGCUGGAAGAGAAGCUGGCCGGGGCCCGCAAGAAGCUGGGCGAGCUGCAGGCCCAAGAAGCCAGUCUCCAGCGAGAGCAGAAGAAAGCAGACACUCACAAGAAAAUGACAGAGUUCUAGCCUCCCUCCUCAUCCGGCCUGAACACCGGCUCAGCUGAGCAGCGGUCGCCGCCGCGCUGGAACCCGUUUGGCUGACGACUUCUGCACCGGCUGCGCCACCAGGCCGCUGGGCAUGAAAUGGCGGACCAGGAGAUGCGGACUGUCGCGCUGCUUCCGCUGGACGCGUUAACACCUGUACAUGGAGCAACCGGAGAAGGGCUGUGGCCAGCCACAGAGGCAGCGGCAGGAAAGCUCUCUCGGGCAUGCAGAUCGCUGGCACGCGUCUCCCACUCCCCCCUCGGCUCCUCCUGCUUCCAGAAUUCCUUCAAAGAAUCUGGGUGGCAGAUGAUCCUGCCUUAAGCUGCCGAAAGGUAGAGACACCGCAGCAGAAGUGAAAGAAACCUUACUAGCAGCCUGGGUUCUCUAGUAUCUCCCAGUCCUGUUGGCCCUGCCGGAAGGCCUGCUAGGUGCUUGUGCAUAAGAUUGUCCCCUUGUGCCGUGCCCGUUUUCAGGAUCACUGUAAGGCACCGUACCUCUUUGCUCCACCGUGACCUCCAGGCUCGGGAGUUCAGCAACCACCCCAGAAGGCAGGUCAGAGGUUCUGAAAGGGCCUGCUGGCCAUGUGCCUUGACUCUCUGUUGGUUUUUGGCCUGCGUAUCACUGGACCCAGAAAUGACUCUUCCACCGCAUUCUGGAAAGCCUGAAGGUGGGACCCCACAAGAGCCAGUCUUCCUAAGCGGAGUCAGAUGCUGGUCACGUGUACUCCAGACACGUGCUGGACUAGCGCCCUGAAAUGCCCCUGAGGCAGGAACGUGUGCACGUCUGUGGAAGCCUCAGAGACGAUGGCUUUCCACCAAACAAGGCAGCAGGUGCUGAGCUUUUCAGUGUUCCUGUGAGCCCCACGUUGAGAUGCAGGGCUGCUGCUGCUGGAACCGAAGCUGGGUAGAAACAUAUCCAGUAAAGUAGCUGCUUGUACCCGAAGCCCCAAGCCGAGAUUCUAUCAGAGAAGCCGUUUGCUCACGGGAAGAACGCGAAGCCUGCAGGACGGCUGCUGGUGCCCCGGGGGAGAAAGGCAGCGGGUUCUGUGUUGCGGGGCAAGCGUAGGCAUCCGUAGAACUUCCUGUGCACACUUCCUUUCCGAUUGUAAUUUUAAGUUUGAAAUGAAAGAACAACAGUUUGCUGUA